CGAUGGCGACGAAAGGCGAGUAUGACCAGGCGACGUGGUCGCCGUGGAUGGCCAAGCGCACGUACGAAGCCCCCGACGCGAUGUCGCUCCAGGCGUUCAAGCUCGCGCUCCUGAAGAAGCGCCUCGCGGAGGCGACGGCGACCGCCUCGGCGACGGCGUCGUCGAGCGCGAAGAGAGAAGAAGCGCUCGGCGACGUGCGCGCGAUCCGCGCGGAGCUCACGGCCGCGAAGACGCGCGAACGGCAGCGCGAGUGCGCGGACCGCCACGCGUCCGCGGCGGAGGCGGCGACCGCGGCGAGGGACGCGGCGACGGACGCGCGCGAGAACGUCGAGCGCUUGAAGCGCGAAUUACGCGAGGAGGAGUCCUCGAUCAGGGCGAAGAGCGAGCAUCUGCAAGACGCGCGCGCGAAGGCGCUGCAGGAGCGCGAGCGCAAGCGCGCGGAGCAGCGAAGCAAGAUGGAGGAAGAGCUCGCGCGCCGAGAGUCCGAGCGGCACGCGCAGGUGAAAUCGCUGAAGCUGGUGCUGAAGGAGCACGGCGACGCGAAGAAAAAGAUCGCGGAGGACGCGGCGCCGGAGGACGGGGAGUUGCCGCUGCCGGGGCAGGCGCCGUCGUCGGGGAUGACGGGGGGGUCGAACGCGACGACGCCGGCGCCGGGUGACCGCGGCGGAUUCGGCGGCGGCGGCGGGGGGGGGGGCUGGGGCGUCGCCCCGCAGAGCGGCGGCGGCGGGCAGUGGGGGAGAGCCGCGACGCACCAGCGGCCGCAGAUGGGGUCGGGGCGCGGCGGGUGGGAUCAGCGCGGCGGCGGCGGCGGGAGGGGGGAUAACAAGCGCCCGCGGUCGGGAUGGGACAGGACCUGA